UACAUAAAUUCAUUAAUUGUGUUCUUUCUUAUUAUUAGAGCAAAAGAUUUCAUUAAUCAAUCAUCAAAGGGUGCUAUUUUCUUUUAUAACUAUGGAGAGCAGCUUAGGUGACAUCCUGUUGAAGGUGGCAGUGUUCUUCCUAGUACAGGCUUUGGUAUACCUUAUCCUUUCAAAUUCAUCAAAUAUCUUUUCCAAGAACAUCAAGAGAACCCACAGCUUCAAACCUGCACGGUCUGUGAGCAUUCGGCAGAUGCUGGCUUUGCUCUCCGAUUUUCCGCCGGAAGGAGAACCCUCCCCCUCUUCAAAGAGUCCUCAAUCGCCAUCCCUUCAUAGUUAUGAUAAGAAGCGAUCUUAAGUGUUAUCAGGAACAGGAUUGCAUGUAAAUUAAACUAGUUAGUUCUCUCUUUUAUUUUAGAGUAUACAGAAUUGUUAGGCAAUCCUAAGUUAUUGGAGAGGUCUUCAAUUCUUUUGUUCAUUUGAUAUUUGUUGAAAUAUUAAGAUUUAUUUAUUCUUUAUUUCACCCCUAUUUUGUUGAAUUAUCAAGUAUUCAAUUAAGAACUCGAUAUGGUUGUAAGUUGUAA